GAAUGGGGACAGAUGUGUCCUGUUCGCCAUCCUGCAGCUUCUGCUCUUCCUGGUGCAGCUGCUCCAGGGACUGCCUGUCGUUUGCAGUUGCUGCCAGAGGUUCAGCAAGCGCUGCCUGUUCUCGGCAGGGACCGUCCUCCUGUCUCAGCUAGUCUGCCCACAGCUGAAUCCAGGCUGGAGCUGCCAGGUUGCUUCCCUCAAGGUUGGGAGGGACUUGGAGGCAACAGAGAAUGGCGACAGGGAGAACUGGCAUGUGGAGGUGCGGGGGAACCGGCAGGUCUUGGGCUCUCCUGGAGUGCCAGCCCAGCCCAGCCCUUCAGGGGAGCGGGGCUGGUCCCCAGGCACCGGGGUGCAGAAGGACCGGGCCGGCUGAGCCUGCUCCUGUGGCAUCACUGUGCUCCCACGAGACAGGACGGGGUGUCCUGGGAGAUGCUGGGAGAAGCAAAAGCCCCUUGGGCAGACGGAGGCCAGGGCUCUUUGUGGUGUCACCCUGCAGCAGAGACAGGCAGCAGUAGCUUGGGGAGUGACUCAGAUGCCGGCUCCCAGCUGGCUUCCUCAGUGUGUCUGGGGUGGGGAGGAAACAGGCUGAACUGGCUGGGACCUGUGAUCUCCUCUCCGAGUCCCCUGCAAGCUCCAGGCUCGCUCCCCACCUCGCAAGCGACGCCUUUACGCCCACAGUCGGGAAAUGAAUAAAGAGCCUGGUCUGCAGGUGAGGGACGCAUUCUGGAUGCUGCAGCCAAACCCUGCACAGUGCCUCUGCGCUUGGAGAGAUGAACCCCAAACUUUCCUACCUUCUCCUGUUUGGGGCUGCGGUGAUAAUCUUCAUCCUCUCCUGCAUGCUACUGAGCAGGGGCAGGCGAUCGCCCAGCUGUGAUUCCCAGCCCCACAUCGUGGAGAAGAUGGGAACCACGAGCCAGAGCCUGGUCUUUGCCGACCUGACAGGCGAAGAGAUGGUGCAAGUGGUGCGGUACCUGCAGGGAAACCUCGGGGUGCAGCUGGUCGACGCCUCGCGUGCCGAACCCUCGGACAACUGCAUCGCCUCCGUCGACCUGCAGGUCCCCGCCAAGGCAGAGGUGCUGCGGUUCCUGGACGGGGGGGGGCCUCGCCCCCCCCGGGAGGCGCUGGCUGUGCUGUACUUUGGGAACCAGCCAGACCCCAACGUCACCGAGUACGUGGUGGGUCCGCUGCCGGCGCCGGUGUAUCACCGGGAUGUCACGGUGCGGAAGUACGGCGGGAAGGUGCCGUACCACCGCAGGCCGAUGCUGGGCAGCGAGUACGAGCAGGUGGGAGCAUUCCUGGAGACGGUGGCAUUUGCUGCAGCCCCGACCUUCCUGAAAGAAGUCUUUGAGUACGACGGUACCAAUGUGGCGUUUCAGACCGCAGCCCCUCACGGAUUCCAAUCUGGAGACCGUAAGUCCUGGUUCAUUGUAUUUCAGAACGUGAGUGGGUUCUUUGUGCACCCGGUGGGGCUGGAGGUGCUGGUGGACCACAGCAGCCUGGACGUCUCCCAGUGGGCGGUGAGCAGGGUCUUCUACAACGGCCAGUACUACAAGGACAUGGUUCAGCUGGAGAGCGCCUACGUCCAGGGUCGUAUCAGCGUGGAGAAAGUGAGGAAAGCGCCGCGGGACGGGGACUUCUCAUCCAUGAAGCCCCGAGCACCCUCGGCUGCGCUGCUCCCUUUGCAGUACGAGCCCCAGGGUCCCCGCUACAGCGUCAGGAACAACCACGUCCUCUUCCAGGCCUGGAGCUUUGCCUUUGGGAUGAGCGUGCAGACGGGCCUGCGCCUGUUCGACAUCCGACACAAGGGGGAGAGGGUUGCCUAUGAAAUCAGCAUCCAAGAGGCGUUGUCGGUGUACGGCUCCAACUGCCCUGGAGGGAUGUCGACGAGGUACAUGGAUGGGAGCUUUGGGAUCGGGCGCUACACCUCCCCCUUGGUGCGGGGGGUCGACUGCCCGUACUCAGCCACGUACGUCGACACACACUCUCUGUCUGAGACCCUGAGUCCCAGGAAAAGAAAGGCUUCCCUCUGCAUCUUUGAGCAGAACCUGGGCUCCCCUCUGAGGCGCCACUACUCCAACCUGCAGUCGCUCUACUACGGUGGGCUGGUCAACUCUGCUCUGGUUGUUCGGUCCAUCGCGACUGUGGGCAACUACGACUACGUGUGGGACUUCAUCUUCUACCAGAACGGGGCCAUCGAAGGCAAGGUCCAGGCCACGGGGUACGUGACCUCAUCCUUCCUCCACGGGGAUGGUCUGAGAUACGGCAACAGGGUUUGGGAGCACACACUGGGUACAAUACGCACCCAUUCCAUCAACUAUAAAGUGGACUUGGACGUGGGAGGGGUGAAAAACUCCCUGGUGGCCCACGACAUGGUGUUUGAGAUGGCGCGGGCUCCCUGGAGCCCAGAGCAGCAGAUAGAGCGGCCGCGACUCGCCAAGAAGGUCCUGGACACGGAGGACCAGGCUGCCUUCCGGCUCCAGUCGAAGAUGCCCAGAUACAUCUACUUCGCAGCCAACAGCAAAAACAAGUGGGGCCACCAGCGUGGUUACAGGAUCCAGAUCACCAGUUUUGCAGGGGACCAUGUCCCCGAAGCCAGCUCCAUGGAGAAGGCCAUCAGCUGGGCAAGGUACCAGCUGGCCGUCACCCGGCGCAAGGAGGAGGAGCCCACCAGCACCAGCAUCUACAACCAGAACGACCCCUGGACACCCACUGUCACCUUCGCCAGCUUCAUCAACAAUGAGACCAUCACCAACGAGGACCUGGUUGCCUGGAUAACCACUGGUUUCCUUCAUAUCCCGCACUCUGAGGAUAUUCCCAACACUGUGACAGUGGGAAACUCGGUUGGCUUUCUCCUGAGACCCUACAACUACUAUGACCUGGACCCCUCCAUAUUCUCACACGAUGGCGUAUUUUUCACCAGUGAGCAGGACUUCAUGGCCUGUGAAAUCAACCCGAUUGCAUGCCUGCCCAAAACUGCCUCUUGUUUGCCAAACUUCCCUCCAUUCACCUAUGAUGGUUUCCAAAAUACGAGCAGGCUUUAAUGCUACAGGACAGUGUUAGGAGACACAAUCAGAGAUACCAGGUUGACUGUUCUGUCUCAGUUUUCAGUUUUUUAGUGAAGUUGUCUCAAUUUCCAUUGUGCAAUGACUUCGCUUUUUAUCACUGCUUUUAAAUAGUGCUCUUUAAAAGGGAAGCAUAAUCUUCCUGGCAUGAUGCCAGAUGGGAGUCUACAUUAUCUCUGUUAAUUGCUGAAUUUGAGUCUGUCACAGGAGGGAAGUGAGGAGAAAGUUCUGUUCCUCUGCUGUAGAAGCAAGUGCUGUGUAGUGCCUAUCUCAGGUUAAAAAAAAUGAAAAUGAUUCUGGUCCA